AUGCCUCAAUUACUGCGUUCAAAUCUGACCGAGUCCAAGGAAGAGGUUGGGAACAGCAGUAUUGUCUCUGACUUGGCCCUCGUUGGACCCGAAGGUCGCGUUGGAUUCAGAGGUCUUUUUGAAAAUAAAUUUCUACUUGGUAUAUCGUUAUUCUCGACUCUCGGAGGAUUCCUCUGUGGUUACGGCCUGGGAGUCCUCAGCAAUGUGCUCACUAUCGAGUCUUUUGGAGCGACGUUCCCAGAGAUCUACAUGAAUCCAAAGCUGCAGGGAUGGUUAGUCUCCACGUUUGUGCUAGGCAAGUCAACCGGCCCUGUCUGUGAUAAAGUCGGGAGAAAGAUUGGUAUAAUAUGCGGUGCUGUGAUCUUUCUUAUCGGUAGUUCACUCCAAGCAGGUGCCACGUCUCCCGCUUACCUGUUCGCUGGUCGCACUGUUGCUGGUUUGGCAAUCGGUUCUCUGACGCAUGUCGUCCCAAUGUAUCUCGCUGAGAUAUCCAGUGCCAAAAUUCGUGGAUCUUUGAUUUCUCUGCAACAACUCGCCAUCACAUUUGGGGUGAACUGGAUUGCGUAUGGCACGUCACGUAUAGGGGGAACCCGAUGUGCCCCGGGAAUACCGUACACUGGAGUGCUUCCGAAUGGCAUGCUUGCGUUCAAUCCUUACACCGAUGCUCCUGGCGGUUGCACUGGUCAAACACAAGCGUCAUGGAGAGUUCCGUUUGCGUUCCAAAUAUUACCUGCCUUGUGUCUUGCCAUUGGCAUGCUCUUCAUGCCAUACUCGCCUCGUUGGCUCGUUGAGCAAGGCCGUGAAGAGGAGGCUCUGGAGACCCUGUCGCGCCUUCGACGAAAGCCCACUGAAAACUGUUCGGUUCGCACUGAAUUCCUGGAGAUCAUGACUGAAGCUCGUUUUGGGAGAGAGGUCAUGAAGGCGGCAUAUCCUAAUGCGGGGCCAGCCAGACGGACAAUCAAUAAAUACUUGGUAUUGAUGUCUAGCAGGCCAAAGUCCAAGCGUAUAUUUGUCGGAUUCCUUAUCAUGUCGUCCCAACAAAAUAUGGCUCUCAUCGCUUUAUUGCCUAUGAUUUUUCACCAACUGGGCCUUGACCCUAAUACUACCUCCGUGAUUGCUACUGGGGUUUCUGGAAUUGUUAACAUGCUCGCUACUUUACCUGCUAUUGCUCUCGUCGAUAGCGUGGGCAGGCGACCUGUGUUUAUAUCUGGUGCCGCCGGUUGUCUGAUUUGUCUGACAAUCGCGAGUACUAUCAUAACCGUGUACGGCAAGGAUUGGCCAGCACAUGUAGUAGCGGCUCGUAUUGUCAUUGUCUUCGCGUUUCUCUACGACGUUAUAUACUCUUACUCAUGGGCUCCGAUGGGAUGGGUCGUCACCAGCGAGAUAUUCCCGUUGCACCUCCGGUCCAUCGGUAUGUCCAUCAUCACAUCGACCAUGUGGUCAAUGAUCUUUAUGGCUGGAAUCUUUUCGCUGAUGACGAUGGGUUCAAGUGUAAGUGGAAUAGCGUACUAUGUAUUUGUCGCGCUUUCUCUUGGCGCGUUACUCUCAGCUAUAUUCUUUAUCCCAGAAACCAAGGGUCUGACCUUGGAAGAAACGGACCCUGUGUUUCGUGAUAAUGCUACUGACAGUCAGCGAGAACACAAGGAGGGUAUUCGUCAGGAACUUGGUCUGCCCAACCGGGCUCUUUUGAAUGAAAAUUCUGGCUGA